CGAAGAAGGCCAUAGUGUGACGUAAACGACGAUCUAAACAAGUAUCAGCUGUGUAGCAGUCAUUGUUCGUAUCAUCCGUAUUGGCAGGCAUACAAGAAUCCUGUUUUUUCGUGGAUUUAUUUGCUUUGUACGGGGAACGUUGUUCGUAGGUAAAGAAAGAAGUAAGCGCGCGUGUGGAUUUUCUAAACGUAAGGAGGAAAUAAAAAAAAGGAGAGAGGCGAGAAGAACUUUCCCGUGCAACGUAAUCGUGGCUGCGUGCGUGCUUCAGCCCCAGCCACAGCCCCACCAACGAACUCGAGAGGGACAAUAAUCGUGUGAAAAACGGGGCGGUACGCGCAUAAGCCUGGCCUCGAGCGGCGAGUCGGACGACGGUGGACUCGCUCCGCCACCGCGCAAAAGGUCCCGUAGUUCUCUCCCGGCUACUCUAAGACCAGCGGACGAGCACCACUCCAAUCCAGAGAUGGAGAACUAUCGAAUCUCAAGACGUAUCGACGUCGGAUUCCUUUCGUAUGCGCUGUAUCCCCGAGCGGUUUUCUUAUUUAUCCAAAUUCUUCCGUCGAAUUCUUAUUGAUUCUCUCUCUCUUUAAUGCAAACUUAUACGGUUUUCAAAUUUAAUCGCACAAAAAACAAAAAAAAAAAAAAAAAAAAAAGUAAAUAAAUAUAUCAAAAAUAGAAAACAAAAAGAUAGAGAGAGAAGAUAUUACAUGUCAAGAUAAAAAUGUUACGCUUAGUACGCAUAUGCGUUAGUAUUCCGGACAAGUAUUGCAACCACGGUAACAUUUCCGUGUGCAUAACAGCGUAAUGCAGCAGCAGGCCUCAAACGGUGGAGUUUCUUCUGGGCUGCAACAGAACGGAGCUACGGCUGACACUGGGGGACCACACGCUAAUGGCAAUGUGAUACCGGAAUCCGAUAAUGACAUCAAUGGUGUGAAUGGGGAAACUAAUCCAAGUUUAGGACCUCCAAAAAUAAUGGACAAAACUAAUCAGGACAUUGUGAGACUCAUCGGGCAACAUUUGAAAACUGUUGGGCUAGACCGCACAGCAGAUCUACUUAUGCAAGAAUCAGGCUGUCGGUUGGACCAUCCAGCAGCUGCAAAGUUCAGACAGCAUGUUAUGGAUGGAGAUUGGAACAAAGCAGACCAUGACCUUAAUGAAUUAAAGUCCUUUUUAAAUGGUGCAAGUCAGAGCUUGGUGGAAAUGAAAUUCCUACUCUUAGAGCAAAAGUAUCUGGAAUAUUUGGAGGAAGGCUUAGUACUAGAAGCUUUACAGGUUUUACGCAAUGAAUUGACACCCCUGGGCCACAAUACGGGCCGUGUUCAUCAAUUGUCAGCAUUUAUGAUGUGUAGCGGGCGUGAUGAAUUACAGACACGUGCAGGCUGGGAUGGUAAAGGUUCAGCUUCCAGAGCAGCACUUAUGGAUAGAUUGCAAAGGUAUCUUCCACCUUCCAUUAUGCUGCCACCACGUCGGCUUCAUUCAUUGCUUUGUCAAGCAGUGGAAAUGCAAAAUCAGCAGUGCACAUACCAUGUAACGCAUAUGCAGACAAGUUUGGAAAAUGUGUCGCUGCUUGUGGACCACAGUUGUAGCAAAGAACAAUUUCCGUGCCAUACUGUACAAUUGCUGAAUGAUCAUUGCGACGAAGUUUGGUAUUGCAAAUUCUCUCCUGAUGGUCUUAAAUUAGCCACAGGUUCUAAAGAUAUGACUGUGAUUAUUUGGGAUGUCGAUCCGGAAACCUUAAGAGUAACGCACAGAAAAACAUUGGAAGGACAUACAUAUGGCGUUGCGCUUAUAGCUUGGAGUCCAGACAGUAGCCAUCUUAUUGCUUGUGGUCCUGAAGAUUGUCCUGAAUUAUGGCUUUGGUGCGUGGAUACGCCUGACUGUGAAUUACGUGUUAAAUUAACGCAAAGUACCGAUGAUUCUCUGACAGCCUGUGCCUGGCAUCGAGAUUCAAAUAAAUUUGUUACUGGAGGACUUCGUGGUCAGUUCUAUCAAUGUGAUACGGAUGGUAAUAUCUCAGAUUCAUGGGAAGGCGUUAGAGUUAAGUGCUUAUGGUGUAGAAGCGAUGGAAAAACUGUUUUAGCAGCUGAUUCUCAUCAUCGAAUUCGAGGAUAUAAUUUUGACGAAUUAUGUGAUUUUACAAUAUUACAAGAGGAUCAUCCUGUCAUGUCCUUUAGUGUAAACAAAGCGGAUAGACUUGCUUUACUUAAUGUGGCUAAUCAGGGUGUACAUUUAUGGGAUUUACAAGAUCGUUGUUUAGUAAGGCGUUUUCAAGGUGUUACCCAAGGACAUUUUACAAUUCAUAGCUGUUUUGGAGGUAUCAAUCAAGAUUUUAUCGCGUCUGGUAGUGAAGACAAUAAAGUGUACGUAUGGCAUAUCAAGCGAGAGCUCCCCAUAGCGACUUUAACAGGGCACAGUCGAACGGUUAAUUGUGUUUCGUGGAAUCCUGUUUAUCAUCAAAUGAUGGCUUCUGUAUCUGAUGAUUGUACAGUUAGGAUAUGGGGACCAAGGUCUUCCUCUCCCGAAAAAGCUGAUAAUGAUAAGACUGCAUCGGUAGAAAGUGCAUCCUCAAAUAGCAGUGGCUGGCACGAAAUGGUAUCGUAGCGAAUUACAGCACAUCAAAAUUCCCAUGACUUCAUGGUGUUCAAAAGACUGUUUUACUGAAUGUCAUGCUGACUUUUUCCUGCCCAUCGCAAUUAUCCCUCUGUGCCUCACUAUCAUCAAUUUAUAGACCAUCAAUUAAAUGUGGAGGUAAAUGGGGGAUAUGGACGUUAGCAAUAAACUGCUAACCAAUAAAAUGCUAAUCAGAUAUGUAAAAAUUUGGGAACUUAUGUGUACGUUUCUUUUUGGUUGAUUUACGGAUUUUAUAUAAUAUAUAAUCCGUCUCACUAUAUCUCACAUUGAGCUGUGUGAUUUAUUCAUACGAGGUAAUACUUGAAAAUAAAAAGAGAGGAGCAUAAUAAAAAAUAAAUAUAAUAUGUUAUGGCAGUAUAGAAACUAAAGAAAUUCCGUCUUAGAAUUAGUGUAAGGGUGAAGGUUUAUAUGCAUGAAUAAAGAAAUUAAGAAGAGGGCAACCAUUUGGUCACACUGUUUUGACAAGGAUUAUGUGAAAUCUGUUUAAUCAUGCUAAUAAAACACAUUGUAAAUAACAGUCGUACGUGUAGUGAAUCUCUAACUCGUUUUAUAUUUCAUCAGUGGAAAAGACAAGAUCUAUGUUUCUAGCAUACAAACCGAACUUGACGUCUUAUAUCGAACGAGAAUGCUUCAUGUGAUAUGCUGUUAAUCUUGAAAGGUUACUAGAUGAUUAAAUAUAGUGAACACAGAAAAUAAGAGAAAAGAAUUUCGAACUUUGUAUAUUGCCAUGCAAUAAAAAAAAGAAAUAAAUACAGGUUUUAUAAUUAUAAUUUUGUUUAAUAGAAGGAACUUGGAGUGCAAAGAUGAAAAAUUUUACAAGUUUAUCUCUAUAAUUUUAAUACACAAAAUCGAGUGUAUAAGUAAACAAUGUAUAAUUAUGUUUGUAUGUUUGUCUUUUAACUGCCACAUUUUCAAAAUAAAAACUCGAUUCAAAUUUCAAUUUAAUGCAUUAAAUAUAUCCAAGGCACGAUAAACAUUUUAUGCAUGACCUCAUAUCCUAUAAAAAUCAUUUUUAUAAACAUACCAUUUGGUUUUAAUAUUUAAAAAAAAAAAAAAAAAAAAAAAAGAAAAAAAAAGAAAAAAAAAAGAAAAAAAAUUGCUGUAUUGAAAAAAAAAAAAGCGAAAAAAAAUCCCAACUUUUAAUCCACAUUAAAUGUAUCUAAUCAGUAAGAAUUUUUAAUGGCAGUUAUGGGACGAAUUGUUAAAAUCUUUAUUUUUCUAUAAUAAGGUAUUAAUAUCAAUGAAUUUGAUAUCUGUUAAAAAGUGAUAUAAGCAUAAAGCAGAAGAUAUUUCAAUGAGUAUCCAAACUUCAAAUAUCUAUCUGUAAAUGCUGCUCAUAAUGUCCCUUUGCAUGUUAACUUUGCUUUGCAUGCAAAAAAAGAUUGCUAACAUACUUUACUAUAAUAUACAUGCUACUUAAACAAAAUGCAAGAAAAAAAAGACAAAGAAAUUUAAUUUUGCACAGAGAAAGUGAAAAGAUCUAAUCAUCCUGAAGUGUAUGUAUAAAAGUGCUUACUUUCAUAGUAAAUAUUAUAUAUAUAAAUAUAAAAAGAAAAAAAAAAAAAAAAGAAGAAAGAAAGAAAGAAAAAAAAUAAUAACAAAAGAAAUAUCUGUAGUUGAUGCUCCCAUAUAGUACUAUUAGAAAAAUAUAUUAAUCACGAUUAUCAUUUGCAUUUACCUCUGGUGCCUUAGCACUUUAUAAACUAACUAAAUAUUUCCAGCACUUUAUCAUAAUUUAUAAUAGCAUAUAUAAUACGUUUCAUACAGUUUACAUUAUGAUGAAGUAUAAUGUCUAUAAAAUUGUACAAAAGUUCCACUCAUUUAUAAGUAACCUUUCGAUUUAACUUAAGCAUUCACGUGAUGUUUUACAAUGGCUUCUUCAUAUGCAGCCUAAUAUGUAUAACUUUAAAUAGAUUAUUAUAUCAAUAGCAAACCAUCUGUACAUGGUCUGUCUUUUGUACUUUUCCUCACGAUAUUAUAAAAAGCAAUAAUGAAGAUUGUAGAGAGAAGUAACUUGUAUAUAGAAGAUAUACUACAUGUUUGCUUUACGAUUUAAUAUCCUUAAUAGAUAAAAUACUGAGACAAAUUAAUGCCAUUAUUAUUUGAUAAUUGAAAAUAUUAUUAUCUCUACAGACAUCUCUGUUUAAUAUAUAAAUUUCACUCAGUUAUAUACUUCCAAAGUACGAAUCAUUAAUCUAUUACUAUCUAUAAUUUUUCAGCUUUUUAUUUUGUAACAGAAGAAGUUUUAUACAUAACUAUAUUUAAUGCAAUAUGUUUUCAAGGCAAUUAAUAGUUAUUAAUGUUUAAAUAUACUGUCAAUCGUUUAACUUUCUCAAUAUAGUUUUUUUUUUCUACAACAAAAUAAAAAAAGUAUACUAUGAUGUUUAAUAUUAUUAUGUGAUGAAAUAAAUCAACGAUAAGGAAACGAAUGAUAUUUAGUAUUUUUCGAUUAUGUUAUUCUCUUUUUUGUCAAUUUUUAAGCAAGAGUUACAUUUUAGUUUGUUAUCUGAUAUGUAAAUAAAGUAAUAAAUGUAUACUGUUUUAUUAUAUAAAGAAAAAAAAAAAAAAAAAAAAAAGAAAAAAAAACAAAACAUUGAUGUGCAACAAUGACUCUUAUUGAGAGAAAAUUUUGUUUUCAUUUAUAAAAAUAUCAUUAUCAUAAUUAUUUCACGUGUACUUAACUCUAAAAGAGUACUAAUAGCCAUUAUUAUAGAUUAUUAUGUAUGCAUUAUUACAAUAAUGUAUAUGAAAAACACAUCCAUUGGAACCAAUCAAAAGCUGUUAGUACUCUUAUUACCAUGUCCCAUAUACAAGAUGUAUGCAUUGUUCUAAAACUAUUACAUGAUUUAUUAAUGAAUAUCCAAAAAAAAAAAAAAAAAAAAAAAAAAAAGAAGAAAAACAGAAAAAGAAAAGAAAAAGAAGAAA